AUGCCUGCACCAACAGCACUCAUCCAGCCUGUCGCGGCCCCCGAAGCGACUCCCAUCUCGGCACCCGAACAAGACGACGAGCUCCUUAUCGAUAUGCAGGAGGCCAACACAGCGGUUGAUCCCACCGCCGUUGUUCCGACAGCGGCUACCGAUGACACAGAAAUGGCGAUUGAUGAAGAGGGGCGGCCGAAGUUUGCGCCAGGGCAGGAUGUGGAUCCCAUUCGUCGCGCGGAGACACGGAAGAUUCCUAUUCCACCAAACCGGAUGUCAGCGUUGAAGGGCAACUGGUCCAAGAUCUACCCACCCCUGGUCGAUCACUGCAAACUUCAAGUGCGCAUGAACAUCAAGGAGAAGCGGGUAGAGCUGCGAUCCUCGAAGUUCACGGCCUCCAACGACGCGCUGCAGAUGGGUGCCGACUUCGUGUCGGCAUUUGCGAUGGGCUUCGACCUCGACGACGCCAUUGCCCUGUUGCGCCUCGAUUCGCUGUAUAUCCAGUCCUUUGACAUCAAGGAUGUGCGCCAAACACUUGGGCCAGACGCGCUGGGUCGUGCUAUUGGGCGGAUUGCGGGUAAAGACGGGAAAACCAAAUUUGCGAUUGAGAAUGCGACAAAAACCCGUAUCGUCCUCGCCGGAUCAAGGGUUCACAUCCUUGGAGCCUUUGAAAACAUUGGCAUGGCUCGUGAGAGCAUCGUCUCGCUGGUGCUCGGUGCCCAGCCUGGCAAAGUCUACAACAACCUAAGGAUAAUCGCUUCGCGGAUGAAGGAGAGGUUUUAA